ACAUUAAAUAAGUUAAAGAGUUUAGUACGUGUGCAUUAUUGGAACAAAUUAGAUAUGAGAUAUGUACUUUUGCGACAAAACUAAGUCAUAACCUAUAAAUGACAAAAACCCUGGUACUGUCACAAAAGCAAUUUUAGGUUAGCACUCCCAAUCAAAAUAAAAAUGUUAAAACCCAAAGUCCUUACUCAAGUUCUCAGCCAAGCGAACACCGGUGGUGUAGAAAAUACCCUAUUGCUGAAUCAAGAUGGAACUUUGUUGGCAUACAGCGGCUAUGGUGAUAAAGAUGCUAGAGUAACGGCGGCAAUUGCCAGUAACAUUUGGGGCGCCUACGAAAAGAAUGGGAGAAAUGCGUUCAGGGAGGAGCAUCCGCAAAUGAUACUGAUGGAAUGUAUGGAUGGUCGAAUUGCAAUCACACAGGUUUCGAAUCAGCUCCUUUGUUUGUAUGCCAGGAACAAUGUGGGGUUUGGAAUGUUAAAGGAGAAAGCUAAUGCUUUAGCUUCAUAUUUGGAAGAUCCUCUAAAGCAAGUUGCUUCAAGCUAGUUACUAUUGUGAUCAUAUUUAAACAUGUAAAGAAUAUAUUUUCAUAAUUAUUUUACGUGUAUUUUAGUUUAUAAGCUGUAUUUCAUAUCGUAAAUUUAUUUUGGAUAUUUUUUGAGAUUAUAACAAAUAUGUAUAUUAAAUAUAUUUAAUAAUUAUAUGUCUGAAAUAAACAAAUAAAAGAAUUUUAUUCAGUUUAAA